AUGCUGGCUCAGGCUGGCCUUGGUGGUCUCCAGUUUGCUCAAGCAAUACCCGCUAUGCAAGCAAACGCGGUCUUCGCGGCUGCUGGAGGGCCCUUCCAAGAUCUGGUUCGGAGGCUCGAGGUCUUCAAGCAGAAGGUCGCUAUGCAAGAUGCCUUUCUCCGAUCUGGUGUCAAGGAGAACCUAUCCAAGUCCAUCAAUCGCCUUGAGGUAGCACUACUUCAGCUGUACAAGCUUGCCGUCUUCAUCCGUGGGGCGCCUGGUGGUGAUGGCAUGCAAAAGAUGAUGAUCCUUGUCAGUGCUCUCGAGCCUUUUCAGACUGUCAAGCUGCCUCUCAGACUGGUUUCGAUCAGAGUGAAUGCUGCGCAGGAUCAACUUCAGAAUUCCCACCGCGCUCUCAUGCAGGUUGUAAACCAACAGAACGAACUCAACACUAGGCGCGCCGCCAUUGAACAAGUGGCUCAACAGCUUCCUGUCCUACAAGCAACAGCUGAUGCGCUUAACAAACAGUCCGCUGCACUCCUGGCUGGAUUCACUGAGCUCAGGGAGAAGGCCACACAGUUAGCUCUCGUCAUGAACGAUAUGAGGAAUGGAGCCAGAGGCACGGGUGCCCAAUCGUGGGAUAAGGAUAGGUUUGCUGAGGGCAUCCUCAGACUUUGCCAGAUGGCACUUAUUGACGGUCGUGUUUGCGACGAGGUCGAGACCAUCACCACUGAGAUCUCCAGUGGAUACUCUGGUCAGUUACCAGGCAGUGUUGCCGACCUCUUGACUAAGGUUGGACAGUUUGCUAGGGAUGUAGCUCAGAAGAGUAUUUCUGGGUAA